UCAUGGCUAUGCUACAGUACUGGAUCUACAUCUGUGGAGGAAUGUUCUUCUUCGUGAGCUUUGAGGGACGCAUUGUCAUGUACAAGAUCAUUUACAUGAUGAUGUUUCUCUUUUGCGUGGCACUUUAUCAGUUGCACUAUGAGCGGUGGCGCUGGAUGCUGAAGUAUUUCUGGAUGUCAGUGGUGGUUUACACCAUGCUGGUGCUCAUUCUGGUCUACACCUUCCAGUUUGAGUCCUCCAUUAACGUGUGGUCCAACAUGACAGGCAUGAGCAGAGAGAAGCUGGAAGAUCUGGGUCUGGAGAAGUUCUCUGUUCCUGCUCUGUUCACGCGGAUCUUCAUUCCCACCUCGUUCCUGCUGGUCUGCAUCCUGCAUCUGCACUAUUUCCACGAGCGCUUCCUCGAGCUCACCGACAUCAAAUCUGUGGCCGACAAACAGAAGAGCACAAUCUCCAGGCUUGUUCAUCUGGAUGGCAGUCUGGUGGAUAUUUCCAUGGUCAAACCUUCCUUUGACUCCAUAAAUGAGGAGCAGAUUGAGGAGAGAGUAGACCUGGAGAAAGAGGAAGAUGAUGUUAAACAAUGGGAGGAAGAGAAGAUCUCUGAGCCACACUUCAUGUCUGAAAGCUUCAAACCUCCAGAUGACAGAAGACACCAAACCCUAACAUGGUUAACAUGGAUAAUGUACAUUCAAAUUGUCAUAUUAUGCAUCUAA